CAAAUACUGUACAUAAAUUGGGCUUGCGUAGAGGCCGAGAGUCUUUGCGUGAUCAACCACAACUAGAAGCUUUAGUUUGGUGGCAAUAACACACAAAUCUCGUAGUAUUAAUAUCUCUGCUUUUUAUCGAGUGAUGAGAAGCUGAAGUUAUUAUACAAUAAUGACUGGCCGGGUGGAAGCAAAUUAAAUUAAAGACCGACUUUAAUUUAGCAAAGACUAAAGUAUGAAAAGGGGAGAGAUGAAUGGGGAAGAAGGAGAUGGAGAAGAAACCCAGAAGAGGGUUUAUGAUUCCUCAGUGGAUCACAGAGGUGAAGUUCCUCUCAGAGCUUCAACUGGUGUCUGGAAUGCUUCCUUCUUCAUCAUAAUAAUCGAGUUUGCAGAACGACUUAGCUUCUUUGGCAUAGCAACGAACCUGAUAACUUACCUAACCAAAGUAAUGCACAAUGACCUGAAAACAGCUGCUAAGAAUUCAAAUUAUUGGACGGGUGUCACUACCAUAAUGCCAUUGGUGGGAGGUUUCCUUGCUGAUUCCUAUACCGGUCGCUUCUCCAUGAUUGUAUUUUCUUCUAUCUUCUACCUUAUGGGACUGUGUCUUCUCACAAUGUCACAAUUCAUCCCCAACCUCAAGGCAUGUGAAGUGCCACACUGCGGAGGCGGCGUGCCACCAAGAAGAGUUCACCAGGUUGUGUUCUACCUUGCAAUCUAUCUAAUAUCUCUAGCGACCGGAGGGUUCAAACCAUGCCUAGAAAGCUUUGGAGCCGACCAGUUCGAUGAUGAUCACCCGAAAGAAAGGAAACAAAAGAUGUCAUUUUUUAACUGGUGGAAUGUGUCACUUUGUUGUGGGUUGUUGCUUGGAGUGACAGUGAUAUCUUAUGUUGAGGACUAUGUUAGUUGGGGAGCUGCUGCUGUGAUUCUUACUGCCACUAUGGGGUUAUCAACACUGGUGUUUUACUUGGGAAGGCCAUUUUUCAGAUAUAGAGUUUCAGUUGGCAGUCCUUUAAUACCUUUGUUUCAGGUCAUAGUUGCAGCUAUUGCAAAGAGGAAUUUGGUUCAUCCUUUAACCCCUGAACUGCUGUAUGAAGUUGAGAAAUCAAAGAAUCCCAAAGUCAGGCUGCUCUCACACACAAAUAGCCUCAGGUUUCUUGAUAAAGCUGCAAUAGUAGAAGCCUGUAACGAUCCUCAAGAUGUAGAAGCUAGAAAAAAGAAUCCAUGGAGACUGGCAACAGUCACACAGGUUGAAGAAACCAAACUCGUACUCAACAUGAUUCCCAUCUGGUUAUCUUCCCUAAUGUUGGGAGUAUGCAUGUCUUUUGGCUCAACCUUCUUCGUCAAGCAAAGCACCGCAAUGAACCGACACAUAGGUCACUUUGAGAUCCCCCCAGCAAGCAUUUACGCCUUAUCUGCUCUAGGUUUGUUGUUAUCAGUGAUCGCGUACGAGAAGGUCUUCG